AUGUGUGAGAGACAACCAGCGAAGGGUGUGGAUGUGGGCGUCAAUACAAUCCUUGAAAUGGGAGUUGCCGAAGGCAGUUCCAGUUCGAAUACAACAUCUGAUAACAGUGCUGGGCAGUUACCAAAGCGGCUUUUUGAUACGGUUUUACUAAGGCCAUCACUGACGAUUGUGUCCCUACGACCUGAUGGGAGUAUCGUCCCGGGCAGUAUGUCAGCAUCGCGACGAUUGCCCAGCGUACAUGAAUGGUCACCAAAAUCUGAGGAAGAAGUUGCUGAACGUUCAGUUAUCUCUUCGAACGACAACGAUGUAAAUCCUGUAGUCCCUAAUAAUACCGAAGAUAAUGAAGAGGAGAGAUUAGAAAGCAUCUCGGCAGCAACGUCACGACCUGAUCGUUCGGAAGAUGAUUCAAAUACACUGGCCAAUAUUUCACCAAUUCCACACGCAUAA